GUGCUCAAUUUUGGACUGUUGGUUAUGUUUAUACUUAUGGUUCACUUCCAAGUUCCAAAUGCUAUAAAUAGCACACUAUCAAUCACUUAUGCUUUUACUCUAUAGUCUCUCUUCUUGUCUUCAUCACACUAUUGUUCUAAACCUUUUUAGUGGUUUGUUUUAUUCUAAAUUUUACAUAUUUUAAAAACUGUACUAGACAGCUUAACCAAUUAACCAAUUAAACCCUGAACCGACAUUUACUAUAAUUAUGUUAUUUUGAUGGUUCGAUUGUAGUUUUUAUAUUAGAUUGAAUUUGGUUUAAAUCGGUUGAACCAUGAUCCAGUGAUCUCGUCGGUUCAAUGUCUGGUUUGAUUUUAAAACAUUGAAAUUAUGAACUUUGAUUAGCUACCCUCUUUUUGGAAUCUUGUGAUCAAAUUUUGAGUUGUUCUCAUUUGUUCUUUUAAACAAACUUGAGUUCAAAAGUUGGUAGUUUUGGGGGGUGUAAUAUCUGCAUAAGACACAUAUAAUUUAUUCAAGACCAUGAUCCUUGCAUUCAAUGGAUGCACUUUGUGGAAGUGUCACUUAACUUUUGAACAAAAAUCUAUUGUAGACAAAAGCUUCUACUUUUGGAUCUUCCAUUUCUUUAAUAGAUAUAGUCUUGCAACUUAGCAAUAAUUCUCAUUUUGUUUUGUUCUCUUGCCUAUAGCUUUGGUUACUUAUUUCACAAUUUUCAGUGAGUCUUUCUUCUAGGAAGAAUCUUUGCAACAUAAUAUGGCAGAGGCAUCACUGCCACCAGGUUUUCGUUUCCGUCCAACCGACGAAGAACUGAUUGGAUACUAUCUGAAAAGAAAAGUGGAAGGACUUGAAAUUGAGCUUGAUGUUAUCCCAAUGAUUGAUUUUUACAAAUUUGAUCCAUGGGAGUUACCCGAGAAAUCAUUUCUACCAAAACGAGAUUUAGAAUGGUUUUUCUAUUGUCCGCGAGAUCGAAAGUAUCCAAAUGGAUCAAGAACAAAUAGAGCUACUAAAGCUGGGUACUGGAAAGCCACCGGAAAAGAGAGAGAGAUUGUGUGCCAGGGUAGUUCACCCACCAUCACAGGUUACUGCAAAACACUUGUUUUCUAUCUUGGAAGGGCCCCUUUAGGGGAUAGAACUAAUUGGAUCAUGCAUGAGUAUCGCCUAGCCGAUGACCUUAGCCAAGACUUUAAGGGUGGUUUUGCUUUGUGCCGAGUUAUUAAAAAGAAUGAGAAGAGCAAGAGGGCUGAAACAAGUUCCAAUGAUGUUACUUCUCAAGCAAGUUACCUGAAUAAUGACAGUGGAUCACAAAAUAUGGCUCCAAUUGCUGAGUUUAGCAAUGUAUCCAUAGAAACCAAUCCUUCAAACUUCUGGAUCUCUCCUGAUAUGAUUCUUGAUUCUUCAAAGGAGUAUACUCAUAUACAUGAUGCAGUGUCUGAAUAUUUUCCAAGGUGUGAUUCACCAAGGCAAUCAUUGGAACAAAUAACAAUUUCACCUAGUUUAUCCUACUCCAAUUUGAAUGGUGAAAUUGAAUUUUCUGAUAAUACAAGUCAAAUUGGAUGCAUGUCAUCUUACUCAAGUCAGGGAAAUUUCAUGGACUAUUAUGGAAAUUGGGAUGUUCCUUAUGAGGUUUAUGAUCAGAUUAAUUAUGUCUCAUAUUCAGAGCCUUUCUAAAAUCUGAAAACAAAAGGAAUAUCAUUGUAACUCUUUUUACCAUUCCAAAUUAGGACCAAGGCCUAAUUUGAAGGCAAACAAGUUGAGAGAUUUGAUGAAAAAUCUUUGUGGCUACUAGUUAACUGUGGAAUUUUACUUGGUAUGGCAUUGUUACUUGUUAGAGAUAUCUUGGACAACACCUUUUAAUGUAUGUCUUAGAGUUAUAAAUAAUGAGUAGUAGUACUACCUUUUAUUGCAUGA